AUGUCAAAAAGGAAAUCCAAGACACAGAAGAAGAAGUUUUUUGCACAUCCCAAGAACAAGAACAGGAUAUUCAAAAAGAAGAUUCUGCGAGAUGUUCCCGUUAAAGCUGGCUCAACGUUGCGAAAGCGAGGAACGUUUAUUGUUUUACCUACUUCCGGAUGCAACACUAUACCCAACUGUAAUCACGGACCGUGUCUGCUCUUUGGAGAAAGAGAAAAUGGGAGCAUAAAGUCUCGGUAUUUCGCUUGUGCUGUUUACAGAUCUGAUGCUACUGCUUGCCCCUUUAAAGCAAUAGUGGACGACGAUCUGAACAUUGUCAGGGAAGAGGCAGGACCAAGCAAGUACAAGGACAGUGAAAUUGUCGAAUGUAAACAUGAGCCUCCUCACUAUGGACGUAUUCCGAAGAAGUAC